UUUGUUUGUUGAAUGUAUAUAUGUUAAAUCUAUACUGUUUCAGGAACUUGUUUUGAUUUACCACCACUAAUGAAUGGAGACAUCACCUACACUGAUGGACUUGUUGACAGCAGACCUGUUAAUACCUUUGCUACCCACACUUGUGACAAUGGCUACACUGUCACUGUAGGAAGGAGUUUCAGAGUUUGUCAGAAUGAUGGAACCUGGAGUGGAACAGCUCCAACCUGUCAAGGUGAGUUCCACUACAUCUUAACAGUUGCUUCACCUUUCUUGAUACAGUGAACACAGGACCCACUGAACCACCCACCACCUGUCCUGACCUAAUUUUACCAGCCAAUGGAAUGAUCAUCUACAAUAUGGGGACUGCUAGUCCAAGACCAGUGAACACUGUGGCCACCUACACCUGUAACACUGGCUACACUCUCAAUGGAGGCACUACCACGACUUGUGUGAGUGAUGGAAUGUGGAGUGGUGUUUCAGAUUGUCAGCCUAACUGCCUUGACUUACCCUCACUGACCAAUGGGAUGAUUAUGUACAGUCCUGCUGGGUCCACUGACAACAUACCUUUCCUCGCUAGUGCUGUGUACUCCUGUAACCCUGGCUACACUCUCACUGGAGGCACCACCAGGAUCUGUGUGAAUGGAGGGAGCUGGGAUGGGUCAGCUCCAACUUGUCAGCGACAUUGUUUUGAUUUACCACCACUAAUGAAUGGAGGCAUUACCUACACUGGUGGACUUACUGACAGCAGACCUAUUAAUACCUUUGCUACCUACACUUGUGACAAUGGUUACACUAUCACUGCUGGAGGGAGUUUCAGAGUUUGUCGGAAUGAUGGGACCUGGAGUGGAACAGCUCCAACUUGUCAAGUGAACACAGCCACUGAACCACCCACCACCUGUCCUGACCUCACUGUACCAACCAAUGGAAUGAUCAGCUACAAUAUGGGGACUGCUAGUCCAAGACCAGUGGGCACUGUGGCAAUCUACACCUGUAACACUGGCUACACUCUCAAUGGAGGUGCCAAAAGAGUCUGUGUGAGCGGAGGGAGGUGGAGUGGAUCAGCUUCAGUAUGUCAAGUGAACACAGGACCCACUGAACCACCCACCACUUGUCCAGACCUCACUGUACCAGCCAAUGGGAUGAUCGGCUACAAUAUGGGGACUGCUAGUCUGAGACCAGAGGACACUAUGGCCACCUACACCUGUGACACUGGCUACACUCUCAAUGGAGGUAUCACCAGGACUUGUGAGAGUGAUGGAAUGUGGAGUGGGUCACCUCCAACUUGUCGAGCCACCUGUCCUGACCUCACUGUACCAGCCAAUGGAGUGAUCAUCUACAGCUCUAGUACCGCAUCACACCCUCAGGGAACCGUGGCUACACACAACUGUACUGAGGGGUACGGACUGUCUGGUGGGAUGGAGAGAACGUGUCAGUCUGACAGAACAUGGAGUGGAGUGAUCAUCACCUGCCAACAAUUACCGCCUGUCUACGUCUCCGUGGGAACCACCAACUAUGCUGCUAAUAACUCACAGGUUGCUAUAGACACCAUCGGAGAGGCUGAUGAUGAGGCGCUUAUCUGCAGAACUGACAAUGCUCAGUGUUGUCGUGGAAACGAUGGUCUUGCAGCCGGGGAGUGGAGGUUUCCCAAUGGAGACGUUGUUCCCAGACGUGCUAAUGUUAGCACCUCUGUUCCCUUUUUUUCUUCUCGGGAUACAGGUGCACUCAGACUCCAUCACCGUGAUACUGCUCAAACUCCAACUGGCUCCUACUGCUGUGUGAUUUCUGAUAACACUGAAGCAAGCACAACAUUCUGUGUGCAUUUAGUGACUGAAGCCAUCACUACUCUCCUGAAAUCCCUGGUGGAGCUAACAACACAGGAGGUGUGGCGGCAGGUGUAGUCAUUGUGUUACUCAUUCUAGCCGCUGUCCUUGUGGUGGGUAUCAUUGUCGGGGUCUACUUCUGGAGGAAACUUCGUGGCAACCAGACCAAGUACAGCUCCUCCCCACGCCAUGCCCCUCCCCCUCGCCCUCGCCCCACCCCCUAUCAAGCAUCCUUCAAGAAGAGCAACGGACAAGACAGUAAAGUCACCAUUGAGAAAGUUGAUGAGCCUAGUAUAGUAGAGUUUCCUAGUGAUACUCAUGUGACGGAGGGGGAGGAGGUGUAUCUGAGGGUGAAGGUGGGAGGUCAUCCUCCACCCAGUCUCACCUGGUACCACGAUGGUAGGAAGGUGACUGCAGACUAUGCCACAGAACUGGACCAGGACGGUGGAUUAUCCUUCCCUAGUGUGGAGACUAAGCAUGCU